AUGUCCGAGCAAGUUGAGCAAUUAGGACUACCGCCCGGAUGGGAUUGUAAAUACGAUCCCAGAACGGGUCGCUACUACUACGUGAACCUGUUCACCAAAUCCACGCAAUGGGAAGAUCCACGGGCUAGGAUUCGCCAGCUGCAAACUGGAGCACCACUCCACAUUUCGAACGACAGCAUUUCCAUGCAGCCCGUGCAUGGUUCUCCUUAUCAUGUGUACCCUUCAAGUAACUCGUUCUAUCCAGCCCAGGCCGCUUUCCAGAAUCCACCCUCCGGUGUGCCUAGCCUCAAUGCUAGUCCAAACCUUGCCCAAAGAUUGCAACAGCAACAGCACCAUCAACAGCAGCAACAGCAACACAUUGAAAUGUCCCCGAUGGUACGGUCUAGCCCCCGGAUGGGACUCGGCCGCCAGGGCAUGGUGGAGACAACGUUCACCACGAAUGUGACGGCGGCAGAAACCGAUCUGACGGUGGCUAAAAUAAACUCCAUGUUUCCUACCGUGCCGGAAACUCACAUCCGCAUGCUGCUAAAGAAAUACUACAACCGGGAGGCGGUCGUCAUAAGCGCGCUGCAAGUGGAGAAGCAUCCCCUGACGACACCGGGCCCGUACUCAACGCCACCUUUGGGCCAUCGGCCGUUCCACAACACGGCGAUGGGCGUUGUGUCCGCGUUCCAGAUGACACCCGUGCUCGGUGGUCGCAGUGAAAUGUCCAGCUCUCGCACGGGCAGUCCUGUUCCGCGGCCUGCCAGUGGUGCUAGUGGCAGCUACGCUGGCGGAUACGGUGGCAGCUACGGUUCACCGCGAAACGGACCGACGGAUGGCUACCGCAGCUCGCCGAAGCCGCACUCGUCUCCGAAAAUGAAGCUGAGGUACAUGAAGAGCAUCUUUCCGAAGGCGGAAGAAACGCUCAUUCUCGAUGUGCUGGCCAACGCGGACAACAAUGUGCAGAAUGCAUCGCAGCAGCUGCUGAAGAUGGGUUACGACAAGCGGGAACAACCGGUACCGCAACGAAGUUCGUCUUCUCGUAAAGGUACUGGCACGUCCCAGGCUACGGAUGCGGACAAGAAGGAAGAACCCAAGACACCGACGCCGAAGCUGAAGUCUCCUGAGGAAAAAAAGAAAAUAAAAUCACGGCUCCAGACGAAGUACAAGGACACGCCUGAGAAAAUUAUUCUCAUGGCGCUUGAGAGCGUUGACUACUCGGAGGAACGCGCCAAAAAGAUACUGAACAUCGUCAUCCAGGAGGACAAGGAUAAGAAGAAGAGCGUUAAGAUCGAGGCCCCUCACAAGUCGGAUGAGGAUAAGGAAAAUGCACGCGGGGCAAGCGCCGGGCCGAGCCGAAGCAAUAGCACCGUUUCGUCACAGCCCCGCACACCGCUGGCUAAGCGUGCCCACGAUGGGGGUGUCCUUGUGGGAACGACCGCUGCAGCCUCCGACGACGGCGUCCUGAAGGCGGCUCCAUCCUCGAUCGAACCGGGUGCCGCUUCGGAGCAGGAAGCCUCAACAUCGCCCGCAACGGCGAACGUCUCAGACGGGCACGAUCGGCAGACAAGCCCCACCGAGACAACGGAAUCCAGCAGUGACAGCAGCGUCGUAGCCGUUGGGGAUGAUUCCUCUCCCGAAUCUCCGAAGCAGCAUGUCGAUGGGACGUUCCACGGUACUUCGAUUGUUACCGGUGCGGCCACUGGAACCGGCAAGCAGAGCCGCCCGAAAGCCAAAACCGAUCACGCAAAGUAUUCUAUUUUUAGAACAUCCUCGUCAGAAGACGAGUCCAGCGAGCAACAGAUGGCUGACAAGGUGGACGGUAAGUCCCCCCAGCUGACAUCGCGAAUCUCCACCAAGGGACCAAACGUGAAGCUCUUCAAGGGCCCGAACGACGAUUUGCUGCUGACGGACUAUGUUACGUGGAAUGGUGCGAACCCCGAUCUUGCAAAGGGUAGCCAAAAAAUGGCGAAUGGAUCGGAUCGAGCCAUUCGAACGGAGCGCACGUACAAGGCCCUUGGCCCCAAUGCUGACCUGUGUAAGGGACCGGUCGGGUCACUAGCCAAGGGGAGCAUGUACUCGCAAAUCAUGAAAGAUGUGAAGUGCAACUAGUCGUCAAAAUCUUAAGAUGUUUCCGCUAGACGCUUGGUUAGUGGAAGCAUUUCACAUUUAUGUAGGAAUAUUUGGACUCUUUCGUUUAAAGCAAAAUCCAUCCAAAAUCCGUGAUGUUUUCGUAGAUGUUUCGGUACACAAACUGGUGUAAUGUGAAGUUUUUUCUUAUCCUGUAACGAUAUUUCCAAAUUGUGCCAUGAUGUAGCUUGUGUUUGGCAUAAAAAAUCCACAAGCGUGUAAAAUGACAAAACAUUCAAGAAAUCGUAACUGGUAUUAAUGUUCUAAGGUUCUAUCUUAAGAUGUGUUCUAGGAUUUUUUUUCUUUUAAAUCAAGAUAUCCAUUUUUUACAUAUUACUUCUAGAAAUCGAGCCAAAAAGUCAGCUCUGCUGCAUUUAAAUUAAUUUAGUCAUUAAUUUUAAGUCACUUAAAUCACUAUUUGCAGUUCGCACUGCGUCGAUACCACUAAUAAUUGUAGACAACCACAUCUCACUUAUGUGUGGUUUGUGUACCCGUAUAUAACGAGUAUAAUCUGCCUUAGUUAUUGGUACCGAUGCAAUGGGCAUUGCAAUUCUUUGGGCAAUUCCAAAUUCAUUCGAUAUACGUUUGAUCUAUUCGCGUUUAGGCCGCCCUUUCAUCGAAAGAUAUAGCUGCUUCGUGAAGUGUGAUUAUACGUUCACGAAAGCUCUUGCAACAGAGGCCUAUUGUUUACCGAUAGAGAAUUUAAGUAAUACGACACGAAACACGAAAUUGCAGCAUGUAAUGAUAGAAGUUCUUGGUGCAUAAACCUUUAGGAAAGAGAUCAUGCAAUCUCAGUCUAUUUUGCCCACUUGCCAUAGUUAAUCUGCAUGAGUGGAAUAAUUAUAGUGAUUGUAGCCAACAAAUGUUUUUCCAGAUAGAUUCACAACAGGGUUCACUGGGGAGGCAUUACAUAUAUUACGGUAUAUCGCUACGCACUACUGUAGCUGCACUAGCCAUACAAUUUCCUUUCUUAGGGAGGGAAAUGGAAAAUAAACACUUGUUACUGCAAAUUAUAUAUGGAUUACGGUCACAAAGAUUAGGUGCAAUAUUUUUAUAGCAGUUUAAAAUAGUAACAGAAUUAAUCUCGCGCAAACAUAUACGGUGCAUUACAAGUACUAUCCACUAUAACUUACAGGUAUACUAGCAUAUGUAGUCGAGUAUAGGGCGGUUGUUGCUGGACAUUAGUCCGCAGGAACGUGGAUCCUUGUUGCUUCUCAACUCGCACUUUACCAUAGCAAAAAAAAUGAACGAAUUAAUCAACGGGAGUCGGCGUCAAGAAAAGCAAGUCACGAGGGUGCGCUGCUGUGCUUUUUCUAGUUUAUCCCGCGAUAACUACGUUACAUGUGCCUACAUUUACGAUGGCCCACUUGGGACGAGAGUAGAGCAUUCUACCAAUGCAAGGAUCGCAAACCAGAAAGUGUGUUUAACUAUAACUAUAUGUACUUGGGUAAUGUGCAAGUUAGUAGGAUUUAUAAUACCGCAUCGUUCGGAGAGUGGGGUCCGCUACCGAAAGUGGAAGUGUGAUUUACAACGAGGUUGUCUUUUUUGUAUUCCUGACGCAGCGAUGUGUGACAAAAUCGAUGAAUCAAAUUUAAUUUACCAAAGAUCAAUUUCAAAUUAUACUCAAAGUAGGGUUAAAUUCAAAAUAACGCAAAUUUCCAAGAGACAUACAGUUUAAGGUUGCAGUUAUAUUUGGUUGAUGAAAAAAGCACUAGCAAACAAAUUAAAAUGGAAAACGAUUGAUUUACAGUGUUUCUAUCUAAUCACAUCUCUAAUCAAUCGUUUUUGGAAACGAUAUGCGGCUUGAUCAAAUGUACCUUACUGCAAGAAGUAACUGCAAUCCAUUCGUCCUUGCCAACGCAUCCUGCAUGAACGUAUUUGAUAAAACAAAAAAC